UUUACUUUUUGUUCUGCCGUUCUGCCGUUUUAUGUCACAUUUUAUUUCAGCGGGACUGCAAAUAAUUUAACAAUAAAUUAUUUGGAACGCAUAAGUUUGUGUAUAAUUAUGGCGUCAAAGAAGAAUUUAACUCUCAGCAGACAAAGUUCGAUCAAUGACUUCAUUAAAAAGUCUAACCAAGAUUCAAAACUAGUAUCUGGAAAUGGCGACCGCCUUAAUCAAAGCACGGAAAAGCGGUCAAAAUUUGUUUUUAAAUCAAAAUCAUCAAGUUCGACAUUCACACCACCAUUUAAAGGAAGUUUUACAACUGGGCAACAGAAGUCACUUACUAGCUCCAGAGAUAAGGAUCGACUAGAAUCAGCUGAGAUAUCUUAUCCAACGAGCACUCCAAAUAAACAAGUGGAAUCAAUCAAAAGCGAUAACAGAAUUAAUCAGAGUGAUAGCGAUGAUUUGUUUGAUGCUAUGGAUGUGGAUGAAAUGGCUGAAGCCACAGCAUUCAGAGGAAAUUCCAGAACACCACCCAGAACAAAUAUUUCCUUGACAAUAAAUUCCUCACCAAGUCCGUCUAAAAGUGACUCGAAUACAUCAGAAGUAAACUUUCUUAAAACUCCUAAAAAGUCUAGUCCCAAAGACAAGGACCCAUUGAAGAAUUUGCAUUUAGAUAGUUCCAUAUCUGGAUUUCUAUCGAGAAUAUCACAACACCGUCUUUUGAAGAAGCAAGAUAGAGAAAGGAAAUUUUCUGCCGAAGAAUUAGAAGAUUGUAGUAAAAUGUACAUUGAAUUACUAGAAAAAAUUAGCGACGCCUUCAAUAGAAUACCUAAUGUUAUUAAAGAGAAAUUUCCCGGUUACGAUAAAAACACGUAUAGCAAAAUGAACCAUUUGAAGGUUAAACUCAAAUCACUUUUACGAAGUAAUGCUAACAAUAAAAGGGAUAAACAUAAAAAUAAUUGUAAUUCAGAUGCUCAGCUUGUUAAUAUUGAUGAUAGUCAGAAAACACAAGAUAUGUCAACAUUUUAUGAUGAUGAAGGUGAUGAUGAUUUUAAUACCAAAUAUAGUAAAGAUAACAUUACAAAUAAAAAAACCAUAGAUGUAAGAGAACUAAAUCAUCCGAACACAUCUACUCCGGAUACGAUGUCACUUAAUAAACCUCAAUCAAAAAAAACAAUAUAUACAGAGAGUGUAGCUAAAAAAAUAUCACUACUUAAUAAUACACUGUCGCCUUGCAAUGGUGCUUUGCAAAAAAACACAGUUACUCCAGCUAAUUCGGACACGGAGUUAGAUGUAUCUGAUACUAAAAAGGGUAAAGGAAAAUUUGUAUUCAAGAGACCAUCAAGAUCAACUAUUGACGAUUCUAAUAAUUCUAGUGAUUCUAUACAAGUGCCUUCAAAUACAAUAGAGAGAGUGAAAAACGCAUCGGAGAGAUUGCAGCCUUUGCGUUUCGAGACAUCGGCGAAGUAUUCGCCGCUACCUAGCAGUUCUGUGCACUUCCAAGCUCCAUUGAUCAGUAAUUGUUCACCGGUACAACUCAAUGAAGAUGAGAUACAAAAAAGUAGUCCGAACGAAGAUUCUGAGGAUAUAGAUAAUUACCAGGUGCCCAUAAACUUGGACGACGAUACUGAUAUUUUUCCCGAAACGUACGAUGAAAGUGCGGUAACUGUUGAUGACUCUAUUCCGGGCACAAGUAAUGUUUGUUCGAAAAACGCUCAACUCCUCAUUGAUGAUGAAGGGUUCCCCAUAUAUAAUCCGGCAGAUUUUGAUGACAACGUCGUUUGUUCAGCCAAAGGAACAGAGGAGGUUAAUUUAGGAGAUCAAACGGUUGCGGAGAGUAGCAAGUACGAAGGAAUGGGCAACUUUCACACAGGCACGCAGAACGAUGGAAUAACAGGUGAAUUUGACGGAUUCCAGUACCCUCAUUCCGUCCCCAUGAUGGAGACCUUCAAAGAAAAGUUUGGUCUCAAAACUUUCAGGCCCAAUCAGCUGCAAGUGAUCAACGCGACUCUACUCGGCCACGACUGUUUCGUGCUUAUGCCCACUGGCGGCGGCAAGUCCUUGUGCUACCAGCUACCAGCUCUGCUGACCCCCGGCGUCACCAUCGUCAUAUCGCCGCUCAAAUCGCUCAUCUUGGAUCAAGUCAACAAACUGCUGUCUCUCGACAUACCGGCCGCACACCUCUCCGGCAGCAUAAGCCUGGCGGAAACCGACGAGGUGUACCACAAGCUGUGCAUGAAGGAACCGCUCAUCAAGCUGCUGUACGUCACCCCGGAGAAGGUCAGCGGCUCGCCCAAGUUGCAGGAGAUGCUAGACAUGCUGUACCGCAGGGACAAGCUGGCGAGGUUCGUGGUGGACGAAGCGCACUGCGUGUCGCAGUGGGGCCACGACUUCCGGCCCGACUACAAGCGGUUGCACAUGCUGCGGGACCGGUUCCCGAGCACCACCAUCAUGGCGCUCACCGCCACCGCCACGCCCCGGGUGCGGCUCGACAUCCUGCACCAGCUGAAGGUGAGAAAUUGCAAAUGGUUCCUAUGCAGUUUCAACAGGCCUAACCUCGCGUACCGGAUAUUAGAGAAGAAGCCGAAGAGUGUCAAUCAAGACGUCGCCAAUCUUAUAAAGCAGAAGUUUUUCAGGGACUCCGGCAUCGUGUACUGCCUGUCGCGCAAGGAGUGCGAGGGCCUGGCGCUGGACCUGCGGAAGGUGGGCGUGCAAGCGGCGGCCUACCACGCCGGCCUGGCCGACAAGAAGCGCGAGGAGGUGCAGACGGGCUGGCUGGCCGACCGCUACAAAGUGAUCUGCGCGACCAUCGCGUUCGGCAUGGGCGUGGACAAGGCGGACGUGCGCUACGUGGUGCACCACAGCCUGCCCAAGUCCGUGGAGGGCUACUACCAGGAGGCGGGGCGCGCGGGCCGCGACGGCGAGCCCGCCACGUGCCUGCUGUACUACAGCUACGGGGACGUGGUGCGAUACCGCCGCCUGCUGGACUUGGAGCGCAACACGACCGCGGACGCUCGGCGCGUGCACGAAGAGAACCUCCUGCGUAUGGUGGAGGUGUGCGAGAGUGUGACGGAGUGUCGCCGCUCGCAGGUGCUCGCGUACCUCGGCGAGCGCUUCCCCAAGGAGCAGUGCCGCGCCAACCGACUCUCCGCCUGCGACAGCUGCCUCAACGACCACGACUAUAAGCCGGUCGACGUGACGGAGGACUGCAAGGUGAUCGUGCGGUGCAUCCGCGCCGCGGGCCGCAGCUCGUUCACGCUGCUACACGUGGCCGAAGCCCUCCGCGGCUCCAACGCACAGCGCCUCUCCGCACUCCGCGACAGCCCGCUGCAUGGACGCUGCAAGUCCUGGCCGCGUGGGGACGCCCAGCGACUCCUGCGACAGAUGAUGGUUCGUCAGCUGCUGGCGGAGAAGCUCGUGGUCAACAACGACAUCGCCAGCGCGUACGUCCAGCUCGGGCCCAGCGUCGACAAGCUUAUGUCAGGCAAUUUGCGUAUCGUUUUCCCGAUGAAGAUCGAGCGCAAGGCGGCCCUGGUCACCACGGUGACGCCGGCGCAGACCAACGAUUCUCAUAUCGGGGAACUUAUCAAGAGACUGGAGGACCGCUGCUACGCCGACCUCGUCGAGGCUUGCAGGGAGAUGGCAGUGUCGCGCGGCGCGUCGCUGGGCGCGGUGUUCCCGCAGGCCGCCCUGCGCGCCAUGGCCGCCAGCCUGCCCGACAGCCCGGCCGCCAUGCUGGCGCUGCCGCACGUCACGCGCGCCAACUACGACAAGUACGCCGCGCGCCUGCUCGACCUCACCACCGCCUACGCCGUCGAGAAGCUGGGUAUCCUAAUGCAGUACGAAGAUGACCUUGAAGACAAGAAAUCUAAGGAAAAGGGAGAUGACUUUCAAGAAGAAGAGAACGACUCGGAAACCGACUGGAGCAGCCUAGCGAGGAACGCUGAGAACACCUCCACUAGCAGCGGGUCCAGGGGGAGGAAGACAUAUCGGGGCGGAGUCAGGAAACGGUACAAGCGCAAGGGUGGCUCGGCCGCGAAGGCGAAAGCAGCGCGCGGCGCAUGCGCGGCGCUCGCCCGCGGUAGAGCGCGCACGGCCGCCCGCUCGCCCGCGCGCAGCCGCCCCGGUACGAGCGCUAAUGCAUUAGGUACUAUGCCGAUGCCGCGAGCUAACAGCGCUGUUUUGAACACACGACCCGGCGUGUUCAAACCUUCAAAACUAAAUCUAAUAUAGGCAAUAAUAACAUUAUUAUUGCACUCGUGCCAUAAUAUUCUUUUGUUAUACGCAUUUCGUGUUUGGGUGUGGAACGCCCUUCUGAUUUCGAUGCUGCAUGAUUCUUAAAAUGUUUUUUUAUAAUAACAAUCGUAUACGUGUCGCUGGUAACUGUCGAAUUUAUGCGUAAUAUCUGACGAUUUAAGAAGUGUAUAAAUAAAAAUUAAAACUGUUUUAUAUUAACGACGACCUCCCUGGCGCAACCCUGAGCGCUGUGGAUAGCAGGGAUAAUUUCUGAAUUUUAUCAGGUCUGGUCUGGUGGGAGGCUUUGGCCGUGGCUAGUUACCACGCAGCAUUGAAGCAGCGUGGAGGGCCAAAGCUCUAUAUUGAUAUUUAUAGGAUGAUAGCAAUGAACCCUUCAUAUCACAAGUUAAUUCUUACACACUUUUAAAAACAGUUUAUACGUAACCAAAGUUGGCAAAGAUUUUGGAUUAGAGGCGUUACUUUGCGGAACACCAUGAUAUACUGUGAAAAUGAUGCUUAAUUUUCAUUGGAUUUCAGUUUUUUUUCUGUGGCGUUUUCCACAUAUAUAUACUCAAUUUUUUCAUUCCCAUCUUAUAGCGAAAACUAACUUUUCCUUACAGUAGUGUUAAGUUUGUUUUUAAAAUAUAUAAAACGUGUCAAAUUCAAGUUCGAAAAUGUUUUAUUCAUGUAGACCUUAUCACAGGCACUUGAAGCGUUA